AGGAACCAAAAGGGAAUUAAAUUUAUUAAAAUGGCUGGCAAUAUUAUGGUUCCUAAAAUUAUACAAUUAGCACAUGAAAAAGUAAAUGAUCUGACAUUCCAUAUUUUUUCAGAGCAUAAACCAUUUAACUCAUAUAUUAAAAAUGACUUCAAGUAUAAAGCAAAUAAGAUUGAUAAAUUUUCGUUUUUAAAAUUAACUUUAAUCACAAGGGUAAAUCAAAUUGUAAGAGAUGUUCAAAUUUCUGUGACAAUUAUGAGCCAAACCAAUAAAAUACUUGUUUUAUAAAAUUUCGAUUAUGAAAGUGAGAAUUUAGUGAUAAUAAGUGAAGAUCUUAUCUUAACUAUUAUUUAAAUAAUAAGAGUUGCAACAGAUUGA